AGAUCAGUUGGUUGCGAAACGUCGUGCGUGCAAGAACCCCGAACGUAGCGCUAAAGAAAUACCCAUUAGAAGUAAAGACAAGUCCAGCAAGUGGUCUAUUUGUAGUGAAGUGAAGUACUCUGUUUAAUUAAUAUUUGCAACAUGUUGUCCAUGCACGAGUUGAUGGAUAUGCAAAUGCAACAGCAGUUGGCCCACGAGAUAUACCGUCAGCAGAUCAUGCAACGCAUUCCAGAUCCCUUUCCGGCGAUGCUGCCCCUGCACAUGGCACAGCCGCAGCAAAUUAUGAUGCCCAGACGGCCGACGUUGCCGGGCGUGGAGGCCAAGUUGGAGAACAACGAAUUGUGGCAGCAGUUCCAUCAGAUCGGCACCGAAAUGAUCAUCACCAAGAGCGGCAGACGCAUGUUUCCCUCGAUGCGCGUCUCGCUGAGCGGCCUGGAGGAGGACACCAGCUACUGCGUCCUGCUCGAAAUGGUGCCCAUCGGCGACUGCCGCUACAAGUUCUCCGGCUCCCAAUGGGUGCCCGCUGGCGGCGCCGAGCCACAGAGCCCACAGCGCAUGUACCUCCAUCCGGACAGUCCGGCAACGGGCGCCCACUGGCAGUCGCAGGCACUGCUCUUCAACAAGGUCAAAUUGACGAACAACACACUGGACAGCAAUGGACACAUUGUUUUGGCCAGCAUGCACAAGUAUCAGCCGCGUCUCCAUGUCAUCCGCAGCAGCGAGCUCACCCAGUUGCCAUGGGCACCGCAGCAGGCAUUCGUGUUUCCGGAAACGGAGUUUGUCGCCGUAACGGCCUAUCAGAACGAUCGUAUUACCAAGCUGAAGAUCGACAACAAUCCAUUUGCCAAGGGCUUCCGCGAGUCCGGCCAGUCGCGCUGCAAACGCAAGCUGAACAGCAGCGCCAACUCCAGUGCUGACUCCGAAGAUGACGUCUCAAGCGUGAGCAGCUGUGAUUCGCCCCAGGCCAAGCGUCAGCGCGCGGACUUCGAAGUGGAUUCGCAGCGCAGCUUGUCACCGGGCUACUAUCCGGCAGCUGCUGGGCCACCAUGCCUAAGUCCAUCCUUGCAUCCGUAUCGGCAAUCCGUUGGUUAUGCACCGGCCGCAGCCUUUCUACCAGCGGACUAUUUUGCUGCAGCGCCGCCGCCAAUGACAACGCCGCCAGCACCUGCGAUGGCUCCUGCAGCAACUUCACCAGCUACGGCAGCUGCUACUUCCAGUGCAUCCACAGCAUCUCCAGCAGCUAACACUCCGACCAGUUCGCCGCGUGCAACAACUUCCACGAAGCGCAAUAGCUUCAGUAUUUCGGCUAUUCUGGCUUAUUAGAUGCAGAUGCGAUGGUGUCGCCCCCAUUUAAGCUUUUGUUGUGAUUACAGUGUGCAGUAUAUGAGCCUUAAGUUGUAAUAUGUUAAUUAGUUUUAAGCGCAGCUUACAAAUAAAGCAAAAUUUCAAU